AUGUCAAACUGGACACCAUCACCCAUGUCCCAGACCCCUUACCAGCUCCGAACACCGGGCGCAUCAGAGAUACUGCCAAGACUAUAUGUCUCAGACCUAUCCUUCGCAGAAAACCCUGCUGCGCUCACCACGCUGGGCAUCACCCACAUCCUCUCCGCAAUGCGUGGAUACGUUGCAAUACCACAUGAACUACCUAUCCAUCGUGCACAGUACCCCCUCGAGGAUCUUCCAUUCUCCGAGCUCGCCGCCCACCUUCCGUCCGCAACCGCCUUCAUCCGCAGCGCACUGCACGAUCCAAACGCACGGGUUCUCGUACACUGCAUGGAGGGAGUGAGCCGCAGCACCAGCGUGGUUUGUGCAUUUCUCAUAGCGGAGUACGGCUGGACUCCAGCACAAGCUAUCCAGUACGUCAAAACGAGACGAAGAUCUGCCGAACCCAAUUUUGGAUUCGUACAGCAGCUGCAGGAGUAUGCAGACUCGUUGCGGCGUUGA